AAAUUAUUAUCGUUUGAUGUUGAAUGAUUGGGCUAAAUUCUAUUAGAAUUUUCUAGAACGUUGAGCAAAAAGGAAACUGAAAGUCCAGUGUACGUGGCAUUUCGUGUCGUGCUGCCUUUAUGUAAUCCACAACAAUGUGGCUCAAAAAGUAGAAAAUCAUACAAAUUCAAAUGAAGCGACUUCAAAUAAUUACGAAUAGCGAAAAAGAUACAGCACUUAAAACUAAAAGCUAAGAAGUACUAAAGUGUUCGUUUAUGUGAAAACUGGGAUAGAGUUAAACUUAUUACUUAUAAAACUUCAAUACUCAAAUUUUAAAUUAUUUUCGAUUCCAUGUUCAGGAAGGCUCGUUAUCAUCACAUAAGUAAAUUACAUUUUUCUGGUCUAUUAAUUUUUUCUUAUUAUCAAUAAGUUAUGUGAUGCAUAUCACCGUUGAUCACGGACAAGAAGCAAAAACCUAUAUAAGCGAGUUUUUGGUGUAACACGAAUAGCAUGUAGUGGUGAUGUGAUAUCAACGCUGCUGUGAGCCAAUAAAAAAAUUAAUAGACUAAAAAAAUAUUGCAUACACUUUGCAAGUUUGACACAUUGCUUGACGCUAUUUGUCGAGCCAUUUGCAAAUUUUUCAUUCUCAUUUAAAGCGCGCGACGUGCCCUGGAGAGAGCCAAACAGCACGGCGUUGUUCAUCACAAGAAUGAUGUUAGCAUGAAUAUCUUACACACUAUAGCUUUUACUUUUUGUAUUUUCUCUUUUUUUCUUUUGAAUUAUACGAAAGGAGGAUGUCAAUGCAAUCAAAUGCUUCAUCCAGGUGUGUUUUCUGGCGAAAGAAUUUCAUUUGUUGCCGAGGAGAAUCACGAUCGUGACACCAGGAGGCCUGAUAAUAAUCAUCAACAAUCCUAUAAGGAAGCAAUUGGCUUCAAACCUCCAUAUCUUGAUUUUGGUGAACAACCUAUAGGAAUGCCAUAUGUUUUUGAUGUGACUGUGAUCAAUCCCAGUAAAGAAAACAAUAUUCAAUUGCAUUCAUUCUCUGGAGAAAACCCACUUUUUCAUGUUUCAUUCUCUAAAUCUCAGGAAAUUUCUCCGCUAUCCAACACAUCAUUUGAAGUUAUUUUUCUUGCCAGAACUUUUGGUAGUGUUGAAAAUACUUUAUUUAUUCAUACGUCUAGUGGAGCAUAUCCGUACCAAGUCCGUGGUUAUGGUGUUGGGAAUCCAUACAGAUUGCGUCCUUACUUGGGAGCAAGAGUCUUUGUUGAUCACAUAUUUACAUCAUUGUUGUUCAUGUAUAAUCCGCAUGAUUCACCACUUCAGGUUACUGAAAUCUACUCUAGUGGUGGAGAUUUACAUUUAGAGCUUCCAUCAGGUUCGGAUGAUGCAUCAUAUGAACACUGGAAAAUCUCUCCCUUUGAAACAAAGGCAAUUAUUCGUAUGAAUUUCCUCGGAAGAGUUGUCAGUAACCACACGGCAUUCAUAAGAAUACGCACCAAUAAGUUAUCUGCAACCAAUCAGUACCUAAUUUUACCUGUGGAGAUAGAAGUUACAUCUGCACCCGGAUUGUUUCCUUCAGUCGAUAUGCUAGAUUUUGGAACUUUGAGGAAAAUGGACGAACCAAAAACUAUUACAGUGUCACUGGUCAACACGCAAAACAAACCUGUCUCAUUGACGGAAAUAAUUGUUGAACCACCAAACAGAGCAAUACAAGUUAAUAUAAAAAACACGCACAUCAAGCCAAUUAACAAAUACAUCACUUCUUUUAGUGUGACCUUUACAGCGUCGCAUAUACAAAACGCAAAGCAAAGUCAUGGCAAAGUCAUUGUUCUGUCUUCAAGUAAAGGAAAUCCAAGAAUGGUGCUUAAUUAUCAAGCAAAUAUUUUGUUAGGUACCUUGGCAUAUUCUGUGAGUAAAACAAGGUUUUUCAUUGGUCGACAACCGUAUAUUCCUGUAGUUCGAGACCUAGUCAUCACAAACACGUUUGACUUUCCUUUGCUUAUAUACCGCGUACUUGUUGCUGCUGACAUUCAGGAUUCUAUUACGAUUGUUAACUUUUCAUCUCCUGUGAUCGUUGGUGAAAAAAAGAUGUCCACACCGUUCUCUGUCCGUUUUGUUGCCAAUGAAAACUCAUCAACUUAUACUUCCAAUAUACGUCUCUAUACGAACGCAUCUGUUUUCACCAUUCCUAUGCAUAUAUUUGAUGGAAAGUUACACUAUGAUUUUCCUCCCUCUCUGUUCGACGCUGGUACAUUGGCAGUAAAACAACGGGAUCGUAGGAUGUUUCAUAUUGCAAAUAUAAAUCCUGUUGCGAUAAAAGUAAAAUUAAGAUCAUCGAACGAAACAUUGGUGGUUCUCGAAUAUUUGGAUGAAAAACGUGAUGGAAAGACUCAAUACGUGCCAUUUCCUUCUGAUGGGAUAAAUUUAAAGUCCAAGCAUUCUCUUCUAUUCUGUCUGGAAAUCAGAGUUCCAUCAUAUGAUGGCAGUUAUAGUGGAAAAAUUUAUUAUAAUACGCCAUACGAGGCGAAGGUCAUAACAUUCUCGUUCAAAGCUGCAAGUGGUCACAUGAAAGUAAAUCCUGCAAAGAUUAUUUUUGAUCAUUCGUUCCCGGGGAAAACUCAAAGAGUUCCCUUGUAUAUGACAAGCACAUUUCUUAAUCCUGUCACCGUAUUUUCAACAACAACGAAGGCUCGCCGACCGUUCGAAUUUAUUUCAGUUAAUAGUUCGGAUCCUGUACUUUAUCCUAAACGUAAACUGAAGAUUGGAGAUGUGGUUUUCAACCCUCAGCUUUUAUGUUCAUCUGGCUGUUACUUGGGGAUACAGAAUACAACAAACCUUGGUUCGGAAUGGUUCUCUAGUCUAUCAUUAAGUCAUGAUAUGUCUCGUAUUGAUGCCAUGAUACUGGAAAGUUUUCACAAGAAGUGGAACUCCCUGCUUGAAGCAAAGGAAAACAGCUUUACACGUAACUUCUAUAUCAGCACGGAAACAGUUAAAGGUCUCGAAGUUACAACUCAAGGUGGAUUGAUAUGGCCAUCGUUGACUCCGGAUCGUCCAAUCAGAUUUCCCCUUACGCAUGUUGGCAGUACAUCACAUAAUUUGACUUUGGAGAACCCAGCAGAUAUGCCUGUUGUAGUUCAAGUUGUUCCAUUAUCUGUGUAUCCCAAUGCUCAGUCAGCCAUCGACGUUCUUUCUGAUAGGCUUGACGUUGAUUUACUGACAGCAAGACCUUCCUAUCACUCUUGUUUCUCACUGCCAACAGGCAAAGUAAACAAGAAUGUGUUUGAGAAGUCUUCAUCUAAAGUAACGUCGCCAGUUGAGAAUGUUGUAGGUGAAAAUCCUACAUCAAAUGUUGUUACGAUAAAGAUGAAACCACGGUCAAAAACCAACGUAACGUUACAAUUCAAACCGGAAAAUGAAGACCAGAGGACAUCUCUUUUCUUUAUCAGAAACAACUUAACAGUAUUAGAUAUGGUUUUGGUACAAGGUCAAGGUGCCAGCGGUGAAUUAAUGAUUGAUGGUAGGAGACCGGGUGUUGAUAGCGAAAUUUUGUUCGAAUUGAAACAAAAACAUCUUGAGGAGUGUACAAGAUUGAGAUCCGGUUCAGGUGGCAAAACAGCUCGAACUUUAACAGUGAAGAAAACUGUGCUUGCUAGCAAUCCUGGUCAAUUAGCAACACAUUUGACAUCUUUCAGUAUUGAUGGAUACGACUGUGAAGGAUAUGGAUUUAGUAUUCUAAACUGUAAAUCUCACUAUCUCAAACCUUCUGCUACAACUAAGAUUCACAUUGCAUUCACUCCCGACUUCACUGUUUCACGCACAUCGCGUCGACUUAAAAUAAAAACUUCUCUUGGACAUGUUUUUGAAUUCAGUCUAAUUGCGACUAUACCAUCGGAGCUAAUACCGCUGUGCGCUGCGACAGUGGAACGCCCUUCAUGGGAACAUCAGGUUUAUAUUUCAAUCGCUGUGACUAUGAUUUUGCUGCUCUUUUUCACACUCAUUUUGGCUCACUUUGAAGCAAAGAAACUCAUUUCAUCAGAAACGGCCACACUACGAAACGAGCACGACGUGUUAAACGGGGCUGCAGUAAUGAACGGUGAUAUUUUUGAUUUACGAAAAAUAACAGCGUCUUUACAAGCUCCAAGUGCUGUACACAACCAUUACGACGCACACAAAGACGAUUCAAAUAGUUGUCUUAUGAAGGAAAACAAUCUUGAUGAACCGAAAAGUACCUGUUAUUCUCGAUCAAGAAGAACUUUGAUAGAAAACAGUGUACGAUUGAAUUCCAAUAAUAACUCAAUAACCACAGAGACAACUUUAGCUAACGAGCAUUGUAAAAAACAGAAAAAGAUCGUCAUGAAUUCUCAAGCAUUAAAAACUAGUGAUCCCGUUACUGUCAAAACUACUAAACCUUUUGGUGUUGUAUUACCUAACGCAAGUUCCUCAGCAAUAGCUCUGAAAAGCCAAAUGAACACGCAUAGUCACAAAGCAACAACUGACGCGAGUAAGAUCGUUUCAACUUUGCCAGUGAAAAAAGAAAAGAGCAAGAUACGCAAGAAGACUGCCAAGGUUGCACCUGUUUGUGUUUCAGUUCAUGAUAAGAGAACAAAUACAAUUGAACUAGUGAAAAUAAAAGAAAAUGAUGUGAUAAACGAAUUGUUAGCGAAACCAAAAGAUGGCAAAUCGAGACAAACUAGAGAAACAGUUGAGGAAAUCAAAGAACCAAGAAAGCAAGAUGUUGCUUCAUACACAGUUAAAUCAUCAAACAGUAAAUGCACAAGUAAAACAUCACGAAAGACUAGUUUAUCAGAACUUGAGAAAUCGCAAACGAAACCUAAAAUCGAAAAAUCUAAAUCUCAUCCUUUAAAUACCACCAGCAAUUUGUAUUCGACUAAGAUGGAGCAAAGCACUUUCAACAAAAAGAAGUCUGGCAAACAAGCGAAACAAGAAACCCCUUUAACUAUCACAGAAGCCAUCAACUCAGCCUUAGAGAUCACCCUAAAGUCUUCGCCUUUGACCGAAUUAGAUACAUCACGCAAUGAAUUUCGUAGUUCGUCCACUUGCCCUUCGCCAUCAUUGUCAGAUUCAUCGCAAAAUCUUAGCCAAAGCAGUCGUAGUAGUAGUUACAGUAGUGUUGUUGGUAGCGAGGAGCCUACGCACAUCGAACAUAUCAGAGAGCGUAAGAAAACAUCUAAAAGCCGCAAGCAAAGUCGACUUGUCAUACAAAAACCAGCUGAGAUUACCAAUCCUUUCACAGUAACAACUUUGGGAGAUAUUUCUAGCUCAGCUUGGAAUGGAAUGUGGGAUAAAAGUGCGCGUGACCUCAGAGGAUCACCUUCCUUUGAAUCUUUUCCGACUAUGUCAUCUUCGAGUUCUUUAUUCAGCAGCACACCGUUUGAUAAAGAUAGCAAGUUAGAUCGACAUGACAUAUUCACAGAUUCCUCAGUAGUGGAAACACCGUCCGGAGAAGAUAAGCCUUGGUUUACCUUUCACGAUGUUAAAGCCCCUGGUCUCUCAACUCCUUUUGUUGAAGUUGGAUCGUCCGUGCCGAAAUUCUGGCCCGAAGAACCAAUGGCGUCUCUUGAAAAUUUGAUUCCAAUGACACAAACUUGCCACACGACCAACUGGGUGAAUUUUCUUGACGAAAGCUCAGCUAAUGCUUCAAGACUUCCUUCACCCGGAAUGCCGCAGAGUUCAAAAACUGUGAGUGAGAUUUGGAACUCUGGCCAUCGGUCAGAUGAAAACGAUGGUUGGUCCAAUGUUUUCUCGCCAGCACUUACGGAAUCUGAUCUAACAUACCCACGUGUUCCUGAUGCCUAUGAAUCAAGUUGGUCUACUGGUGAAGCAUGUCCUGCUUAUUUUCAUUUACCAAAGAAUCAUGGAAACUGCGUGGACGUAAACCAAACUUCCGGUGAAUCUGAUUUCAUCUUUGGCACCCAAAGUGAGAAUGUAUCCUACAGGAAGAGCAAAUCACAGAAAUUAAAUCCUUACUGUGAACCUUGGGAAAGUCGAACACAAACAUCACAGAACAUCUGGUCAUCCACAACACGUUAUUAAAAGCGUCACUAAAAACCGUUUGCGUGUAAUUUCUGUAUUUGUUUAUUUGAUGAUUGUCAAACUCAUAGAAUUUUAGUGUGAUGUAAAUGUUCUCUUUCUCCUCACGUCAUUAUUUUAAUGUUUUGCUAAUCCCAAA